GUCCCGGUACGGGUAAACCUACGGUAUCUGAGUACUACCCCUGAAAUGCUGGAAAUACUUAACCCCCUCGGACUAACGUUUCAGAGAAUGAGAGCAAAUGUGGUAUAGAAGUCACCCUGUUAGGAAGGCGUGAGGUCAUCGUGGCUGCACGAUGUGGUCAGAAAUGAGCUGAGAAUUCUCCAUGCUAAAGUUGCAUCAACUAUCCAACAGAUAUCUAAACUAUUAAAUUGAGUCUGAAUAAACCGGGGGAUCCGUCAUUUUUCCCAUCCCUUGCAUCCCUGGUAAAAUGGUCCGUCCAGUCAAAUGCUUCGAUGCUAAUGCCCUACACGGAACUUGGACAUAUCUUUUGCAUCAAUCUGCUGCCCAUUAUCGGAGAUUUCUUUCAUCAUUACCGCCGCCAUCACUAUCAGUCUAGGCCAGCCACACUGAGGCUUUGGACUCUGCAGGCUCCGAUGUCCACUGCCGAUUAUUGAGGGCUGCCUGUCAGCUGUGGAUAAUGAACGGCGGUUGAGUGGACUACGCCCCUCAAUGAAUGGC